AUGGCGUCGGAGUACGCAAUGGAAGGAUUAUUUUCAACAAAGUCAGAUGUUUGGGACUUGUGCAGAGAAGGCAGAGCCUCCGAAGUAGUGGAUCCGUUUUUGGACGAGGCAUUUGUUGAUGAAGCUCUGAGAUACAUCCAAAUUGGUCUGCUGAGCGUGCAAGAACACGCGAAGGAUCGACCAACCAUGUCGGCAGUUGUUCUAAUGUUGGGAAAUGAUUCAGCUCUUCCCUCCCCAAAACAACCUGCAUUUAUCCUUAAUAGACGUUGGGUUGGUACUGGAGACUUGGCAUCUAGUGAAGGUGUUAAUUACUCUAUAAACUUUGUGACAUGUACUAUGGUGGAGGCUCGCUGA